GGGUCUGGGCGGAACAGGCCCCUCAUUUACAUUGAGCCCUGGGGGUGCAAGCUCCUGGGGUGUGGGGCUGGGCCGAGCCUGGGGGUUUGCAGUCCAGGGCCUCACGUUGUGGGUGUCUGUCCCUCGCUGGAGACCUGGGGCUGGCUGAGGACACUCGGCGGGCGCGUUGCUGCAGGGCGCUGGCACAGGAGCUCGGGUGAGGGGAACCAGGGCCCCCCAGACAGGAGCCUGCCGCUACCCUGUGGCUGCCAUGGCAACCCCUGGCAGCGGUGCCUGCCUGGCCCUGGAAGCUGCUUCCUGCUUAAUGGGGGAAGGGCCGUGCUGAGCGCUGUGCCAUCAGUCCAGCGCCCGCUGUUCUGGGAGUGCCCCACUUGGGCAGAGCCUAGCCAGGGGGUGAAUGGUGUCGUUGCCAGGGUGAUGGGAACUGGCUCUCGGAAACCUGGGCCGGCUGCCUGAGGCUGAGGGCUGCAGCCGGAAAAUCAUCAGGGGCGGAGGGGGCUGAGCUGGGAAGCCGGCUCUAGAGUUGCGGCUGUGCAUGCAGAGGAUGGCAGCCCCCGAAAGGCUGCUUGGGAGCGGGGCCAGAGAGCAGCACCCGUGGUGUUAGCGAGGGGGGCUCCCUCCCCUGGUGGGGCCAGAGGGGGUUCUGGUCUAGCUCCCCCUUUCCGUGUGGCCAGCUCUGCCAACGUCUCGCAGCCCUGACGUAGCUCCCCAGCGUGUACGGUAGAGCUUCGGCUUGGCUGUUCCACUGAGCGUUUCUGGGGCCCCUUCUGGCCGCGGUAGCUGGGAAGGGGUCAGCCACGCUCAAACCCAGAGCCCGUCUGGAGAGGGAAUCUCAGCACCUGGUGUUGCUCCCACUCCGUCCCAGUGGCCUGGGUCUGUCCUGCAUCGGCAGGACCAGAAGACCCAGCGCCAGAGUCCCCACAGAGCCCCCCCACCCCCGCGCUGGGGUGGACGGCACAGCACGGGGGGAAGGGGUGCAAAUCCUGCACUUGGCACAGUGCCCUGGGAGUCACGGAGAGCAGGUGGGACCUUGGCUUUUCAGGUCUCAAUUUAAAGCCACUCCCCAGUGCAUGGGGCAUAUGGGGCACAGAGCUAGCCCAGCAGGCACUGGGGUGGUCCCGGGGACACGAGGCAGGUUACGUAAGCAGUCGCUGGGGGCAGUGCCCAUAGCAAAGCAUCAUGGCAAUUGGCACUAAUAAAACAGCCAGUGGGGGAUGGACACUGACCUCUCCUGUUCUCCCCAGUGGGACAGCUGCCGGCCUGGCACCUCUCGCUAGCACUGGUUCGUGUGCCUUCGAAACCCCGCCCCGCCCCAAACGAUCUGUGCUCAGAGCCUGACUGCACGGGAACCACAUGGACCCUGGGGGCAAAGGCCCCCACGGAUUGGGACCCCCAGCAGCCAGGGCCAUUUGAAAUGCAGACCCAGCAUCUGUACCAUGGGCUGAGCCAAACUCGAGAGGGCACCUUGCGUCCAGCUCCUUAGCAGCCCAGCCUGGCGAGCCGUCCGGUGUGACCCCCCUGGGCGCCCCGGCUCGAUGCCAUCCCGCUCAGAGGCACCCUGCAGCAGACGGGAUUCCAGCCGUGGAGCACGCGAGGCUGAGGGCGGCAGCCCCGGUCCAGAGGUGCUGAUCAAAGUCCAGGUGUAUGAGAACAGCGACCUCUCCCCGCUGGCCCAGGCUGCUGUGGAAGUGUAUGGGAACCAGACGUCACUGGCCUCAGGCUCCACAGACCAUGAGGGCGUCGGGAUGCUGCCCGUCAGCUACCGUCUGGGCACCUGGAUCCUGGUCACCGCCGCCAAGCGCGGCUUCGUCACCAACUCUGUGCCCUGGCGGGUCGACAAGCUGCCGUUGUAUGCCUCUGUCAGCCUGUAUCUGCUCCCGGAGCGGCCCGCCACCCUCAUCCUCUAUGAGGACUUGGUGCAGAUCUUGCUGGGAUCACCAGGGGCCAAGAGCCAGCCGUGGGUGCAGUUCCAGCGCAAGGCGGCCCGCCUGCCCCGCAGCUCCACCUACAGCCAGCUCUCCGCCUCCCUGACGGCCGCCAGCGGGGCCCACGACAUGCGGGGCUUCCCCUCCUUCAUCGGGGCUGAGAGCAACGGCAGCGCCAACAGCACCUGGCUGGAGCUGGUUCCCAUCGCUGCCGUCAGCGUCCACCUCUUCACGGGCAACGGCACCGAGGUGCAGCUGUCGGGCCCCGUGCACCUGUCCAUCCCGCUGCCUCCCGACACCAGCGCCACCACGGCCACCAGCGUGCCAGCCUGGAGGUUCGACACCAAGAGUGGCCUGUGGCUCCGAAACGGGACAGGGCUGAUCAGGAAGGAGGGGCGCCAGCUGUACUGGACGUUCGUCUCACCCCAGCUGGGAUACUGGGCUGCCGCUCUGCCCUCCCCCACCACAGGGCUGGUGGCGCUGGCGUCGGGGAUGAAGGACAUCACCACGUACCACACCAUCUUCCUGCUCACCAUCCUGGGGGCGCUGGCGCUGCUGGUGCUGAGUCUGCUCUGUCUGCUCAUCUACUACUGCAGGCGGAGGUGCCUGAAACCCCGACAGCAGCACAGGAAGCUGCAGCUGUCUGGGCCGCUGGAUGCCUCGAAGCGAGACCAGGCCACCUCCAUGUCCCAGCUCAACCUGAUCUGCACCAGCCACCUGGAGACAGCCUCAUCAGCUGGCGACCCCGACACGCACACGCCCAUCCUCAAGUCAGCCUUCUCCAGCUCCCGUGAGCUGGGCAGCUCCCGCGAGGAGUUCUUCCGUCACAAGCUGCGGCAUGUCAGCAAGGCCUCCACGGAGACGCUGAGCCAGCGGGGCGCCCCCAAGGAGGAGUACCCGCGCCCCGGGGAGAGCUUCUCACUCAAGGCCGCGCGCUCCAUGGACGGCCCGGGCGCGCUGGAGCCCCCCAUGCUGGAGGAAUACAAGCGCAGCUUCUCCCACCAGCGCGUGGAGGACAAGGGCACCGAGCCAUCGCGGAAGCACUCAAGGAAUGAGAGCAAGCCCUACCUCCAGGAGCCGCCCUCCCCGCCGCCCCUGCCGCCCCCCUUUGACCACUACGUGGGCCACAAGGGGGAGCCCAAGCCCCCCGACUUCAUGCUGUCGCAGUCCGUGGACCACCUGGCCAGGCCCACCUCGCUCACCCAGCCGGGGCAGCUCAUCUUCUGCGGCUCCAUCGACCACAUGAAGGACAGCGUGUACCGCAACGUCAUGCCCACCUUGGUCAUCCCGGCCCACUACAUGCGCUUGGCGUCGGAUUACCCCUCCGGGGAGCAGGCCCUGGCUGGCCCGGCAGAUAGCCAGCCUGAGAUGGAGGGGCUGCCCGGCCCGGCCGGGAUGACCAUCCCACACCAGUUCGGGCCCCAGGACCAGCAGCGGCAGCUCCUCCAGCAGCAGCUCCAGCUGCAGCACCAGCAGGGCGAGGACUCAGAGGGCAAGGGCUGGGGGGCGCACUCCUCCUCGGUCAGCGGCUCCGUCACCAUCCCGGUGCUGUUCAACGAGUCCACCAUGGCCCAGCUGAACGGGGAGCUGCAGGCGCUGACGGAGAAGAAGCUGCUGGAACUGGGGGUGAAGCCCCACCCGCGGGCCUGGUUCGUCUCGCUGGACGGGCGCUCCUCCCAGGUGCGCCACUCCUACAUCGACCUGCAGGGCAGCGAGAAGAGCCGCAGCAACGACGCCAGCCUGGACUCGGGCGUGGACGUCCACGAAGCCAAGCCCCACAAGCGGGCCAAGGAGGAGCGGGAGCGGCCCCCUGCCCCCACCGCCUACUCCAAGCUGGCCUUCCCCGAUGACGCGGAGCAGAGCAGCAGCGAGAGCCGCACGGCCAUCUGCUCCCCCGAGGACAACUCCCUGACGCCCCUGCUGGACGAGACGGCCGAGGCCCGGGCCGCCACCAUCCCCCGCCGGGGCCGCAGCCGGGGCACCAGCUCCCGCAGCAGCGCCAGCGAGCUGCGCCGGGACUCCAUGACCAGCCCUGAGGACGAGCUGACCGACCCGGCCGAGGGUGGCGACGAGCCGGGUGACAAGAAGAGCCCCUGGCAGAAGCGUGAAGAGCGCCCGCUCAUGGUCUUCAAUGUGAAGUAAGCAGGGGGGGCCUGCGCCCCCCCCCUGGAGCCAGCGCCAGCCCCUGGGGGGCAGAGGAGGGGGCGGGGCUGGAUGCCAGCGCCUGACGGGGAGGUGCUGCAUGACUGAUCGCUCCAUGCCCCCGGGGAGGCCCCUGUGACCAGGGCGACUCCAGACCAGGACCCCAAAGACCCCCCAGUCCUCUCGCCCUGAGGGCUGAGCUCUGUGGGGGAGCAGGGGAAGGGGGGGACCCACGCUGGGAGGCAGUGGGACUGACCCCCAGGGCAGUCCAGAUGGAGAACCAGUGACCUGCUCCCCCCUGUAGCCGGGCACUGUCUGUCGCACCCCCCCUGCCAUUCGAGGGACGGCCCAGAGCAGGGAGGAGACGCUGUGGCAGCGGGACAGGGCAGGGGGCUGAUCUCCCUACCACCAGUACCAUCUGUCGGGGCUGCUGCAUGCCAGGCCCCCCUGCUAGGCAGGGGCUGGGGGAGGGGCAACUCAAGGACUCAGCAGCCCCCCCCCCCCCCAGCCCGAGCCCAGCGGGCAGAGUGAAGGGAUUGAGUCAGGUGGGGGGCAGGGCCUGGGGCAGCCUGGCCCAGCCCCUGUUUCCAAGCACACUCUCCGCGGGGCAUGGGCAGACCAUCCAGGGAAGUGACGGCAGAGCGGAGCCCCCCAACCCCAGGGAGAGCACGGAGCCAGAACAAGCUGCGGCUGCUCCUCCCCCAUGACACCAGGCUGGAAGGGGUUAAGAGCACCCUGCCCCUGCUGGUGUGUGGAAUGUCUGAGGAUGGUGCCCAUCAACUGGCACCUCGCUGUCCAGCCCUAGCUGCACCUGCCUGUCCGGGGUGGGG